AAAUGUCUGCCCCAAAAACAAAACCUUGUUAUUUGCAAUUUGCACAGUCUUUUUCCUCACAUUUUCACACUCAAUCUCUAUCUAGAAACCCUUUUUUCUCUUCAGUUUCUCUAUCUAGAAGAGCACAAGAUAAAGGGAGAGGUCACUUUUUUUUUCAUGAAAGUUUUGGCGUUUUUCAUAGAUACAUAGAUCGAUGGAGAGUAAAAGAAGUGUAAAGGUGGAGGAUCCGAACACGUCAUCUUCAUCAUUUUGGGAUCAUAAUCCGGUGAGUGGAAAUAAUUCACACACGGGUUUGGAGGAUUACUCGGUUGAUGGUGAAAAUGGGUCAUUAGGGUUCAUGGAAUUGCUAGGGGUUCAAGAUUUAGGCCCUUCAGUUCUUGAUGCGUUACAGGUACCCCCAAAUCAGAACCAGACUUGGACAGUUGAUCAAGAAUCAUCAGAGGUGUUGAAUACACCUGCAACGCCGAAUUUUUCCUCUAUUUCUUCAGAAUCUAGUGGUGCUGGUAGACCAAAUGAUGAAAAGACUAAAGAAGUAGUAGACAAAGCAGACGAAGAAGAAGAACAGAAGCAGAAGACUGAGAAACAGUUGAAACCCAAGAAAACGAGUCAGAAGAGGCAGAGAGAGCAAAGAUUUGCUUUCAUGACAAAAAGCGAAGUUGAUCAUCUGGAAGAUGGCUACAGAUGGAGGAAGUACGGCCAAAAAGCUGUAAAAAACAGCCCUUUCCCUAGGAGCUACUAUAGGUGCACUAAUGCUUCGUGCAGUGUGAAAAAGAGAAUAGAACGAUGUUUAUAUGAUCCAACCAUAGUCAUGACUACAUAUGAAGGCCAACACACUCAUCCAAGUCCGUUGAUGUCUCGAUCAAACCCUGCGGCUGAACUGAUGCCGUUCUCAAAAUUCUCCACCGGUGAAUCGGCCGCCAUCUUUAUGCCGUCGCCACUGCAAAUGAGUUUAUCAUCAGCUGCAGCUGAAUAUCAAGUCCAUUGCAACUACUCUACGCCAUUGAAUUUUGGUUUUAUGGGUUCUACAAAUAUCAACGGUGCUGCAAGUGCACACCAGAAGCGCAUUUGCACUCCACCUUCUGCUUUGAUAACAGAUUAUGGGCUUCUUCAAGAUAUUGUGCCCUCCAUUGCGAGAAAGGAAGAGUAAAAUAAUCACUUUUUUUUGCUCUCUGACUGACUCAUUCGUAGACAUUGUAAAUGAAAUGAAGCCACCAUCAUUGGAUUGUGAUGCUCUUAAUCUCCGUUUGUUGUUUUA